AGUAUUUAAAAUGAAUUAAUUAUGAACUGAUUUGGAAGUUAUUCUGAUUAAUGGACGUAAGCCGCGAUCACACGAUGCUUCCGGACGGGUGCCGGACGGCGGCGGGCAUCCGUCAGACCGGGGCCUUAUCUCACAAGACUCCAGGCGUUUGAGGCGUCCGGCAGAUAACCGUAGACAAUAAUAGAGCCUUCGAUACCAUAAUGAACUCGACGGAAAGCCUCGACGUCAAUAGAUCUACACCGAUAUACACCAUCGGCACGAGUUUUAUUACACAGUGGAAACUACUAAAACUGAAGCAACGCACGUGCCUCCCGACCGACAGUCCCAGCGAGUGCCAGCACAUUUACCUUCUGAACGGGUCUAACUACUCUGACGUAUACUACUAUAACAACUCCUUGGACAACAACGUGCUGGAACCAAUACUCCCACCAUUCCCGCUGUGGCUGGCCGCGAUCUUCGCCACUUGCCUACUGCUGGUCAUCCUGCUGACAGUCAGCGGUAAUGUCCUGGUGCUCAUGGCCUUUCUUGUUGACCGGACUAUUCGUCAGCCCAGCAACUACUUCAUCGCCUCGCUCGCUGCCACAGACCUUCUCAUAGGUACAAUAUCCAUGCCAUUUUACACAGAUUACGUUUUGAAAGGCUACUGGCAUCUCGGCCCUCUAUUGUGCGAUCUCUGGCUUUCCGUCGACUACACCGUUUGUCUAGUAUCACAAUACACCGUGCUCCUUAUUACUGUAGACAGAUUCUGCAGCGUUAAAAUAGCAGCUCGAUACAGAGCCUGGAGAACUAAAAACCGAGUUAUUUGGAUGGUGACUGUCACCUGGAUUAUACCUGCCUUACUGUUCUUUACAACUAUUUUUGGAUGGGAACAUUUCAUCGGCUACAGGGAUUUGCAAGAAGGAGAAUGCGCUGUACAGUUCCUAAAGGAUCCCAUUUUUAACACAGCUUUAAUUAUUGGAUAUUACUGGACUACAUUGAUUGUCCUUAUCGUGCUAUACGCGGGAAUAUUUAAGACUGCUUAUGAUAUGCAAAAGAAAAGUGAGGCGAAACAAAGAAAGAUGCAAUCCAUGGUGGCUUUGAGUGCAGGUGUCAUGUCAGGAAUGGCUGGACGGGCUGCAGGCAUGGCGGCACUUUCCAAAGCCACAAUUUCUAGUGAAGAUCAAAUGAAGGUAUCCGAAACUAUUAGAAAAGAUUCAACUUCUAAAGGCUCUUUAGCAGCACCUUUGCUUACACUUGGAGGAUCGACUGAUUCUAAUUCUAGUCAAAAAUCGUCAGCUCAUAAAAGUAGUGCUACUGUUACAGCCACAUCAACAACUGCUGAAUCGGACGGAGAUAAGAAAGAAGAUCAAGUAGAAGCGGAAAGGUCUAGUAGUCCCGCUUUCGACUCCGAUGACGAAAGCACUACUCAAACCAACGCCAAAAAGCGCCCGUCUGUAGCCAACCUCGUGAUGCAAACCGGAGCGAUCCAACUGCUCAACAACAUGCGCAUGAAUGGCGGAAUGCUAAUCAAAACAGAUUUAAAACAAACCUCUGUAACGAAACAAGAACUUGAUAAGCCUAAAUCUUCUCUGUCACAGAUAUCCGAAAAAAGUUUACUUGACACUGACAACCCUGAUACGUCUCAGACUGGACCAGCCGUACAAGCGCCGACAGUGCCUCCGUCAAACACUAGUGUCACCUCACCGACGUCUUCAGGUAUAGCUACGCCGUCUGAACAACGAGAAGUAUCGACGACUAUUGCUCAAAGAAUUAUACCUCCGCCUACUGAGUUCAGGUGCAGCCCUUCUGUAUCCGAAAGCCCUCCGUCUUAUUCCGAAUCCUCUCGAGCAAGAACUGUUAGAGUAGUAAGAGAUGGCAAUACAUAUGACGUACUAGUCGGAAUGGACGGCGCUGAUUUGAGAUAUAUGGAUGAGAGCUCCAUCGUCAUUCCUACACCGACUAAUGAAAGUCCUCCCUCUUCUGUGACGUUUCCAACUGCAACUGAACCUUCAUCUCCACCAACUUUGAAUAGUGCAACCAAUGUAACUAAUAGUUCCCUUUUGCAAGCAGCUCUUAUUAGAGCUACAGCGGAGGCCAAAGCGCCGGCUCCUAAAUCAAGCUUCUCACCGCCACCGCCUAUAAAAGUCAACACAGAGGUUAGUUUGACGACGGGAGAGCGACCCAAACCAGUGAUCACUUUAGUGUCAACGUCUUCCAAUAAUAACGACCAGCAGUCACCGAAGCGGCCUGAAAUUAUCUCGCCAUUGAAACUAAACGCUUGCAUAACGCCGGCCGUGGAAAACAGCGAAGCGUCUAGCCCCGCCGUUACUGGGUCAGGCCGUGGCGACUCGAAGAAAGAGUUUGUUAAAAACAUUGGAAAGAAAUUAAAAGUUAAACGUUCGAAGCGCGACGGCCUGUUCCCGAGUAUCGGGCGGCAGAAGUCGAAGUCAGAAAACAGGGCGAGGAAAGCGUUUAGGACAAUUUCGUUUAUUCUCGGCGCGUUCGUAGUUUGUUGGACGCCUUAUCACAUUUUAGCUUUAGUGGAAGGUUUCUGCACAGAUCCGCCCUGUACGAACAAGCAUUUAUACAUGUUCACGUACUUUUUGUGCUACGCUAAUAGUCCUAUUAACCCUUUCUGCUACGCCCUUGCUAACCAGCAAUUCAAAAAGACCUUCACGAGACUCCUCCGGGGUGAUUUUCACAUCACCUAGUCCAUGUAUGUGGGGCAUAAGGCGUGAAUUUACCAACCCCCGGGCUACACACGCACAAUUUUGAAUGACUAUUCAAAUGUUGUUUAUAAUGAGACAAUACUGUAUUUUAAAUUCAGUAAGAAUGCUUUCAGUGUAUAGAAUGAGAUGUGUAGAAAGUGUUUUAAGAUGUAUAGGCUUUUUAAAAGCCAAACAACUGAUAUUUACUGUAAAUACUCUAUUCGUUAGUAAGUUAAUUUGUCAUAAAGUUCAGAACUGACAAUAAAAUGUUAGAAUGUGUAUAUAAAAGUUGUAGUCAUGUAUGUAUACUUCAAGUCUCUUUAUAAUUCUAGCUAAGAACAUAACAAUAAUCACUUUAAGUGUUGCUUUAGAGAAAGCCGUUGUAAAAACAUAAUAAGCAUGUAUUUAUAUAAAAAUGAUGUAUGAUCGACCGUUUUAAAUUCAAAGUCUGUAUUGUUAUGUGGCUAUAGAGUUUGGAUGCUUUCUUUUUCUAUAACAAAUAAAAAUCUUAAGAAUUAUUUGAAU